AAGCGCGCCAAACAAAGCUCCAUGUGCAGAGAGCUGAAAACAACGGAGCGGAGAAAGUUUGGUCUGUUUUAGAGUUUGUUUUAGAGUUUGUUUGUAGUUUAAGAGGUUUAAAUCGGUUGGGAGGUGAAGUUGAAGAUGAAGUUCUACCUUUCUGAAACAGUAAUGAGACGUUAAAGCUGCUGGAAAGUAAAACUAAAUGAAGAAAGAGACAGAAAGGAGGAGAAAUCCGUUUAAAGUUUAAAGUCCGGAGGACAAAGUUUCUGUCUUAAAGAAGGUUUCGGGGGUCGAACCCUCGGCUGUGUCUCUAUAAUGAUGCUUCGUCGCUCUUCUGCUGUGUGAAGAACGGAAGGUGAGGAAGAGAUGGACGAAGGGCGUCAAGAAAGAGGGGAGGAGGAAGAGGAGGAGAGGAUAGAUGGACUGGAAGCGAGAGAACGAGGAGAGAAGGACAGAACUCUAAACACAUCGUACAGGAGGACGGAGGAAGAGGAGGAGGAGGAGGAGGAGGAGGAGAGAGAACUGAUGAAGGCAGGCGCCAAAGACAAAGGACGGGCGGAGCCGAUCGGCAGGCACACUCCGAUCUCCGCCUCCUCCUCCUUCACCUCCUCCCCCUUCCUCUCCUCCUCCCUGCUGCGAGGAAGAGGAGGGCGAGGGGGCGAGGAGGACGGCGAGGAAGACGAGGUGAGAGUCGCCAUAGUCACCAUCGAGGACGAGUCCUGUCCGUCGGAGCCGUUCGGCACCGCCCACCUGGAGACGGCCAAUCAGAUCACGCCGGCGGACGACGGAGGAGGAGGAGGCGCAGGGGAGGAGGAGGGAGGGGAGACCAAAGGAGGGGGGGAGGAGGAGGAGGAGGAAGAGGAAGAGGAGGAGGCGAACAGCGACGAGGAAGAGGAGGAGAGCGGAGAGGUGACGUCGCCUUCGCUUCAGCUGCUGAGUCAGAUGAAGAGGAAGUUGGAUCAUGGUCCGGACGGACGGCCGUUCCCUUCAGGGAAGAAGCACUGCAAAGGCAACGGCUACCUCAGUCCGUCCAGUCUGGUUCCGGCCACACCCACCACAUUCGGCGACCUGCGGCUGGCCAAUGGGCACUCGGCUCAGCGACGGCGCGUCACCUCGGGCCCGCCUCCCUCCGGCCUGCAGGACUGGCUUCAUAUCUUCCAGACGUGGAGCGGCCCCGAGAGGCUCCUGGCUCUGGACGAGCUGAUCGACAGGUGUGAGACCAGUCAGGUGAAGCACAUGAUGCAGGUCAUCGAGCCCCAGUUCCAGAGAGACUUCAUAUCCCUGCUGCCCAAAGAGUUAGCGCUGUACGUGCUGACCUUCCUGGCUCCCAGAGACCUGCUGCAGGCCGCUCAGACCUGCAGGUACUGGAGGAUCCUGGCUGAAGACAACCUGCUGUGGAGGGAGAAGUGCCGCGAGGAAGGUAUAUCAGAUUGUGCGUCGUCUCGCCGCAGGAAGUCCGCGCGGCCGGGCGUGGCGGUCAGUCCGUGGAAAUCUGCCUACAUCAGACAACACCGUAUAGAGAACAACUGGAGGCAGGGGGACACACGAGAACCGAUGGUGCUGAAAGGUCACGACGAUCAUGUGAUCACGUGUCUCCAGUUCAGCGGCGACCUGAUUGUCAGCGGCUCCGACGACAACACGCUCAAAGUCUGGUCGGCCAUCACGGGCAAGUGUCUGCGGACGUUGACGGGUCACACCGGCGGCGUGUGGUGCAGUCAGAUGGCGGUCGCCACGGUGAUCAGCGGCUCCACCGACCGGACGCUGCGCGUGUGGGACGCCGAGAGCGGCGAGUGUGUCCACACGCUCUACGGACACACGUCCACUGUGCGCUGCAUGCAUCUCCACGGCAACCGGGUGGUGUCGGGCUCUCGGGACACGACGCUGCGCGUGUGGGACGUGGCGUCGGGCCGCUGCGAGCACGUGCUGACGGGCCACGUGGCGGCGGUGCGCUGCGUUCAGUACGACGGGCGCCGCGUGGUGUCGGGCGGAUACGACUACAUGGUGAAGGUGUGGGACCCCGAGACGGAGGCGUGUCUGCACACGCUGCAGGGACACACCAACAGAGUGUACUCGCUGCAGUUUGAUGGCGUGUUUGUGGUGAGCGGCUCGUUGGACACUUCAAUCCGAGUGUGGGACGCAGAGACAGGUGGGUGUGUCCACACGCUGACGGGCCACCAAUCGCUGACCAGCGGCAUGGAGCUGCGCGACAACAUCCUGGUGUCCGGGAACGCCGACUCGACGGUGCGGGUGUGGGACGUCCGGACGGGACAGUGUCUCCACACACUGCAAGGUCCCAACAAGCACCAGUCGGCGGUGACGUGCCUGCAGUUCUGCCGAGGUCUCGUCCUCUCCAGCUCCGACGACGGGACGGUCAAACUGUGGGACCUGAGGACCGGAGCCUGGCUGCGAGACGUGGUGGCGCUGCAGAGCCGGGGAUCAGGCGGCGUCGUGUGGCGAAUCCGAGCGUCCGACACUCGGCUGGUGUGCGCCGCCGGCAGCAGGAACGGGACGGAGGAGACCAAACUGCUCGUGUUGGACUUCGACCUGGACGACAAGAAGAAAGAGACGGAGUGAUUUUAUCAAACGGAGACAGAAACGAUGGCGAUUGUUUUUUUAAAAAGACCUUUUUUUUUUGUUUUUGUUUUUGACCAAAGUCGAGUCUGAAUCCAGUUUCUCCAACAGUCAGACAGACGGUAUGAAUGUAACAACACGUCCUGGUUUUGGCUGGCGGACAAACGGACACGUUGAGACGGACAUAAGAUCCUCUACGACCCGGAUACCCGACGAGGAUCGAGCUCGAAAUGGACGAAAGGAGUAAGAGGAACAGUUUGAGGUUCGGCGUUUUAAGACGGACGCCGGCAACAAUCAGCCGAAGCGAGCCCCCCGGGCGGGAGCUGCGGCGACACGAUGAAUGUUUCCGGGAGAGAAAACGCGUGGAUGUAAACGGUUUCUACGGCAACGUGCGAAUGUUUUGACGAGCAGACGGGCGGAUACAUGUCGGCUCAGACGACGGCGGUUGAAUGUAACCGGCGGCGGAGGGAUCCAUCCAAUCGGGAGUGUUUGAGGGCAUUGACUUUUUAUUGCUGCUGAACCAAUGAGGAUGUUUUAAACAAACCAAAAGUACCAAAAUCUUGAAGGCUGGAGACACGGCGGGGGCGACUCUCUGAGGCGGCGCCGACGGGCGACGUCCGUUAACUCUCAUAUUCAGUCAGUAUUGUUUCAUAACAUUUUAUCAGCGUUUUCAUAGUUGCCACCAAAGUUUGCCCGUCUGCGUUGCCUCUGAAUGUUGUCGCCGUGUCUCGGCCCUGCAGUACUGUAACAUGCGUAGUGUUGGGAGCCGCGGCGGCGAAGGAAACGCUGGUGAAACCACGGAAAGUGGGAUUUAAAAGUGUUGUUUCCAAUCCAGCAGAGACUUAAAAACCAGAAAUAGCCUCAACCAGAGCCUCACAUCUGCAACACAAACCCCUCACUCACUUUCAUUCAAGCUUUAAAGUAAAAAAACAUUAUUAUUAUUAUCACUCCAAGCUGCUCGUCACCUCUACAAACGUCUUUAACUGCACACUAAAUCCCUCACAGACCUGCAUGUGUCCAUGAUAUAUGGGGCAGUCGUCCUCAGUAUUCCUGCCAGAAGUGGACCCAAAUGCAGAAAACGUGGUGGAGAUAUUUUAAACGCGUCAUAGCAGGAGAAUCACAAGUGUUAAUGAUCAAAUGAAUGAUGCCUUCAGGGUCCUGGUGUUGUUGUCAUGGUUUACUGGGGCACUGGAACACUUGUGUUUCUUCCCACUGUGACGGUGGGAAAAGGAAAAUGUUCUUCAGAUCUGUAGCUUUACUGAACACUAAAUCACAGACAGACGAGUUUCAGUCAGUAAUUCUGAGCUUUUUGUUUCUUUUUCUGUGAAUUUGCUUCACUUUGUAUUCAACAAACGUUAAAAUCUGGAAAAACUAAGAAAAUGAGCCAACUUUACUCUUAAAUCUGCUUUUUAAGUGAUAUUUACUCACCUUUUCAGCUGAUUUUUGUUAUAUUUUACAGCAGAUAAAGUCGAACUAAAAGGGCAAAAAAAAUCAAUCUAAGGAAGCAAAGAAAGGCCAACUGGCCAUUUAAUUGUGAUGAGAUUCUUGUUCAGAACUUCUGCAAAAUGUACAAUUACAGUCAUUUUCUGUUAACUUUCUUUACAUAUUUCACUUUUUCUUAAAAAAAUGUGAGUUUAAAUCUGGAAAAUCUGUAAGAAAAUUUACCAACUUUACUCUUAAAUCUGCUUUUUAAAUGAUUUUUACUCGUUUUUUUCAGCUGAUUUUUGCUCAAAAUUUAAAUCCACAGCAGAUAAACUCAAACCAAAAUUGCAGACAUUUAAUCAACACUGAAUCUGCAUCUGAGUUUAUGUGAUUUCUUCCUUUUUUUCACAAUAUAGAUAAAAAAAUUAUAAUUUAAUUCAUUAAUUUUGGCCUUUCCGUGCUUCCAUAAAAAUCCCUUUGAUUCGUCUGUUUUUAACACAAAUCUCUGAAGGGUCACUCGUGUUUUCCUCAGCUUAUGAAAUAUUUAACAAAAACAAGAUAAAUAAUUUACUUCCCUUUUUACCAGAUAUUAAUCCGAUAAGCUGCCGUUGCCCGGCAACACCUCCAGCCAAUAAGCAGAGAUUCGGGUGAUAAUUCCCCCAGCAACAAGUCGUAUUUCAGGCUUCCUCCUGGAAAAGUUGACCUUUCGGUGGGUGGGUGUGUGUGUGUGUGUGUGUGUGUGUGUGUGUGUGUGUGUGUGUGUGUGUGUGUGUGUGUGUGUGUGUGUGUGUGUGUGUGUGUGUGUGUGUGUGUGUGUGUGUGCGAGGCUCUGGGGAGGCGACGCUGUCCGGGUGAUGUCGUCACGUGUAAAAUACUGUAAAUACAGAGAGGAUGUACAUAUUCAGCUUUUUAUAAGAAUGGAAAAAAACAGAGAAAAUAUUGUUGACGGUGGGAAGAGGACCAGAUGGAGGGAUGAAUAUGGAUCAAUAAAGAUGAGUUUUAUAAAAAAAAA